UGGGUCCUAACUUGCAAACUGGUUAGAGGCAUUACAGGCCAGUGGAACCAGAAUGCUUCAAGCUCCUCGUGUCUCUUGAAGCACCUCGUGUCUCUUGAAGCAAAAAACAAUUCAAACACACGCGUUUUUGAAUAAUGAUGAUGACCAUAUUUUCCACAGCCAAGUCUUGGACUUUUUUAUUCUUCGUCCUCAUCUUUUAUUUUCCUUUUUACAUCAAUCAUUCUCCUUGUCUCUCUGCCGGCUUUUCUUCAAAUCUUGUGUUUGUUUUUUUUUCUAACUCCAUUCGUUUAUGUUCUGUGUCGUGAUCUGUGCAUUCUUUAUAUUUUUUUAUACUUUUAUUCAUAAUUUAUGGUUCAUGCCGUUUAUGUUUUGUGGUUGAUUGUGUUAAGCAACUAGUACACCACACGCUCACAGACAUAUACUACAUAAACUGACUAGCUGUAAAGUCUCCUUGUUACCUCACCAGCGUAUUUUACUCUGUUGGAACUCUGGUUUGUGGUCUUUUUGUUCGGCGUCUAUCUUUUUUCAGAGAGAAAAUUAUGGAAGUUAAAGUCUUUAUGGGCAAGUGAUAGUUUUUUUUGGUGGGGUUGAGAGGGAGAAGAGUAUUAUUAUACUAACGUUAAAUGGCAUUUUUAUAGUGCCAAAUUGAAGCUGGGUUCUUAAUCCAAUAGGGUCUAUCUUCUUUCCUUGAGUUAUGGCCCCUGCAGGCAAGGUUUCUGAGUUCUAUAGAGAAGGCAAUGACUGGUACUGCCGUGCAGGGUUGCCUAGUGAUAUAAUUGUCAUUGUGGAGGACAUAAAUUUCCAUCUCCAUAAGUUUCCGCUCAUAUCCAAAUGUGGAACAAUCGCCCGACUCUGUGAGGAAUCUCAAAGCAUCCACAAAAAAACCUUUGUCACCAAGCUUGAUGAAUUCCCUGGAGGCUCUGGCUCUUUUUUAAUUGCUGCUAAGUUCUGCUAUGGCAUUAAGGUUGAAAUGUCACCAAGAAACAUAGUGAUGGUGCACUGUGCAGGACACUACCUGGAAAUGACGGAUGAGUAUGGUGAAGGUAACUUAAUUUCUAAGUCAGAGAGUUUCUUUCAUAAGAAUGUUCUUCAAAACUGGAAAGAUUGCAUAUUGGCUUUUCAAAGUUCUGAGCCUGUGUUGCCAUGGGCUGAAAAACUCCAUAUUUUAAGAAAAUGUUUGAAUGCUCUGUCUAUGAUGGUUUGUACGGAUCCUAGUUUGUUUGGUUGGCCUAUGAUGAUGUAUGGUAGCUUACAAAGCCCUGGUGGAAGUAUUCUGUGGAAUGGAAUAAACACAGGGGCAAAAAUUCGAAGCACCGAGUCCGACUGGUGGUUUGAGGACAUCUCAUAUCUCAGUGUGGGUUUGUUUGAAAGACUUAUAAAGACAAUGGAUGAAAGAGGUAUCAAACCUGAAAAUCUAGCAGGAGCCAUAAUGUACUAUGCUCGAAAGUACCUGCCAGGUCUAGGCAGAUGGCAGGGUGGACAAACUGGCAACACUAGAACGGUCACAAGUUUUAGCCUGAUACCAGUUUCUGUUAAUCAGGAAAAUCAAAAGGUUUUGUUAGAGAUCACUGAAAAGCUUCUUCCAGAAAAGAAGGGAAAAUCCUUUUGCCGUUUCUUACUUGGACUUCUUCGUGUUGGAUUGAUAUUGGGUGUCAAUGAGACAUGUACAAAUUCUUUAGAGAGGAGAAUAGGGAUGCAACUGGAACUUGCAACCCUAGAUAGUCUUCUGAUUCCUAGUUACUCAGAUUCUGAUACUUUGUACAAUUAUGACUGUGUUGAACGGAUUGUCCAUUAUUUUAUGUCCUCGGAAUCAACAAUAGCAGCAUUCUCUCCAGAAUCAUUGUAUCAAGAAACAUCUCCGUCAUCUGCACCUUUAAGAAAAGUUGCAAAAUUGAUUGACAACUACAUCGCAGAGGUUGCUUCUGAUGUUAAUUUGAAACCAAAAAAGAUACGCUCUCUAGCAGUUGCCCUUCCAGACUCAUCAAGACCUUUGCAUGACGGGCUGUACAGAGCACUGGAUAUAUACUUCAAGGCACACCCUUGGCUUUCAGAGAAAGACAAGGAAGAACUUUGCAAUAUCAUUGACUACCAGAAACUCUCCAUUGAUGCAUGUGCCCAUGCUUCCCAAAAUGAGAGGUUGCCACUUAGAAUUGUUCUUCAAGUCCUGUUCUUUGAGCAGAUACAGUUGAGAACUGCUCUAGCUGGUUGUCUACAUGUCUUGGACACAGAAAGUGCCCCAGCAGGGCCGGUAACUGUCCCAACUGACAUGGCAGGUCAGAUUGUGCAGAGCGAUGGGUGGGUGACAAUUGUUCGAGAGAACCAGGUUUUGAAGGUGGAUAUGGAAAGGAUGAGAUCUAGAGUUGUGGAACUUGAACAAGAAUUUUGUAAAAUAAGGACCGAGAUGAAAAGGGUCACCAGAUCACAUAGUUCACUUAGUUCCCCGCGAUUAGUUGCUAAGAAAUUUGGGUGGAGACUUCUUCCACGAUCUUCAGAUGCUCAACCAGAUACCAUUGAAAGCACUGAACAUACCCCUAGAGUAUCAGUUGAAUGGCCAAUAUCAUCCCAUCGUUCUAGACACCGGAGAAGUUUCUCUUUGUUUUGAGAGCAAACACAGGCAAACUUAAUUCAUCUUUGGGAAAAUCUUUGCUGGGACAGACAUAAUUAUCUUACAUACACCCUUCCAAUAUGAUCAUGCUAUAUACACAUUUAUAUGCCUUUUUAUCUACUGGAACAUCACCAUGACUAUUGUUUUUCAAUGAAUGUAUAUAUAGUAGGAUCAAUUGAACAGACGUAUCGAUAACCUGAUAUAUCUGUCCCAUCCAAGACUUUCUCCAGUUUUUGACGUUAAAGAGGCAUCAACUGAACUCACGUUUGAGAGAUCAUCAAAGACUUGACCAGAAAGUUAGUCUAAGUUUGUUCUUAAAUGUGUAUGCUUCCUGUGACAUACAUAAAAUUUCAACAAGAAGAAAGUAUAUUUUUCCCUUUUCUUUCUGUUAUUUAUUUGAGGGGCUUAUACAUGUACAGCUCUGUGAAUCACAUUGUAAGUUGUAAAACAUUGUGAUGUAGUCAGAAAGUUCUUGUUGCAUAUGUUUUUUGAAGUCUGAACCAUUAAGACACUACA